CAACUUCCUCACCUCCUCCUCCUCGCUAUCUGCCCAUUGCUAGGCAGAGGCAGCUCCCUCCCAAGGCAGGAGGGAGGCCCACACGGAAGUCAAAGCCAACGCUCCAUUCACAUGCAACUUCAGGCAGAGUAACAACACUGCAACAAAGCCCUGAAACUUUGGGAGCCUCUCAGCUUGUCCUCAGCCCAACAGACUGAUCAGAGAAAAAGAAGAGCAGGAGGAAGAGAAAGGUUCCAAUUCACCAUGCAGGAGGAAAUUCUGUUGACUCCCUGUUUUCCUUUUGAAGACUCAGACACAUUUGCCUUCACAGGGCAGGAUGAAGAGAAAUGGGAUUUUGUCCUUGUGAGUGACAUCCAUGAAAUGGGCAGUGAGAAAGAGAUCAAGAGGAAGAAGUUCCUGGAUGAGCUAAGCAAGAAGGGGUUCACCAUCAAGAAAAUUGAGGACAGGAAGCUAUUUUAUGGGGUCCGUGCCCCAAAACACUUCUUCCGGAAAUACCAAUGGCUCUUGAGGAACCCCGACAGCAGGAUUCAAGACCUCAAUGCCCAGCAGGACGUACCAGUGACCACCAGGAUACGGAUCGUGAACUUCAUCUUGCAUAACACAGUGACACCCGACCUCGAGAAGCUGCGUGACCUCAUGAAGAAGAAUGUCUUUGAGGCAGCAUUUCCACUGCACGAGAAAGAAGAGGUAAGGGAAUUUCUGAAGGAGAAAUGGGCCCGCUGGAGAGAUAUAUUUUGCCAACAGCCAAUUGAGAAGAUCAGAUGCUAUUUUGGUGAAAAGGUGGCCCUCUAUUUCACCUGGCUUGGCUGGUACACCUACUUGCUGGGAUUUGCUGCAGGCGUUGGACUGGUGGUCUUUGUGGCUGGGAUUACUGUUUUCAAUUCCAGCCAGGUGAGCAAGGAGAUAUGUGAAGCCAAUGACACCCUCAUGUGCCCACUCUGCGACCAGAAGUGCCCAUUCUGGCUGCUCGCUGACACCUGCAUGUAUGCCAGGGUCACUCACAUGAUUGACAACGAAGGGACAGUUGUGUUUGCCAUGUUCAUGGCAAUUUGGGCCACUGUAUUCCUGGAGUUGUGGAAGAGGCAGAGAGCCCAAGUGGUCACCAACUGGGAUCUGUAUGGGUGGGACGAGGAUGAGGAGGAGCUAGCUAUGGAGCUGAUCAACAAUUUGCAGCAUGAACCUCGGCGGUAUCGGCACUCUUACUUGCGCAGCACCAUUGUGCUCCUCUUGGUUCUGCUCAUGAUUGUUGUACUGAUUGGCAUUGCCCAUGCACUUGUCAUUUAUCGGGUGGUCGCCACGGCUCUCUUUACCCAGAGUGAUUCCGAGUUCUUCCGUGAGCAGGCUAACCUGGUGGCAGUGAUAACAGGGGCUGUGCUGCACUACAUCACCAUUGUCAUCAUGACCAAGGUGCAGACUGCAGCAUGGGGUGGGCAACGGGUCUUGUCCUUUUCCAUCAUCAAUUCUCCCUUAUUGUUUUACACCUCUUUCCUGCAGAUCAACAGACGCGUGGCCCUCUUUCUCUGUGACCUAGAGAAACCACGGACCUUCUCCCAGCAUGAGAACAACUUUACCAUAAAGAUCUUCAUCUUCCAGUUUUUGACGAACUUUUCUUCGCUCAUCUACAUUGCUUUCUUUCUGGGGAGGAUCAAUGGCCACCCAGGGAACUACGUGCGCAUUGCUGGCAAGUGGAGGCUGGAGGAGUGUCACCCUAGCGGCUGCAUCACUGACCUCUUCAUCCAGAUGGCCAUCAUCAUGAUGCUUAAGCAAACCAUCAGCAAUGUGGUGGAGUACCUUGUCCCCUGGCUAGCCCACAAAAUACGCAAGAGGCAGAAGCGCCCCAAGAAGAAACACCUGGUGUUGGGGGAGGAGGAGGAGGUUGAGGACCCCUGCAAAAAGCAGUGGCUCAUCAAUUAUCAACUCAACGAGGUCAACAUCUUCAGCUUGUUUGAUGAAUUCUUGGAGAUGGUGAUCCAGUACAGCUUCACCACUAUUUUUGUUGCUGCCUUUCCUCUGGCCCCAUUGCUGGCGUUCUUCAACAACCUCUUUGAGAUUCGCCUGGAUGCCAUCAAGAUGACACGGCUGCGCCGGCGCAUGGUGCCCAGGAAGACCAAUGACAUUGGAAUUUGGCUGCAGGUCCUGGAAGCCAUUGGCAUCCUGGCUGUCAUCGGGAAUGGAUUGGUGAUUGCCAUCACAUCUGACUUCAUCCCUGUGCAGGUCUACAAGUACACAUACAGCCCCUGCAUGAAAGAAAACAACACUGCUGUUGACUGCUUGACUGGCUACAUCAACCACAGCCUCUCUGUCUUCCAUAUCAAGCACUUUGAGCCAGACACAAAUCUGGCUGUAGAGAUCUUAGAUUUGGUCAAGAAUGGGACUACAGUGUGCAGGUACCGGGAUUACAGGAAUGAUGAGGACUACAGCUACACUGUCCAGUUCUGGCAUGUCUUUGCAGCCCGGCUUGCCUUCCUCAUCCUCUUUGAGCAUGUGGCUCUGUGCGUCAAACUGAUUGCAGCCUGGUAUGUCCCUGAUGUGCCCCUGUCAGUUAAGAAUCAUCUUCUGGAUGAAAAGCACAACAACCUUCGGAAAGAACUGAGCAUGAUGGAGUACUCCACUGAAGUGUAGCCUCCUCUCAUGGAAGAAAGUGAAACAUGGACUUGAGCCCCUCUCCCCAGCCUGCCAGCACAGCCAGAGAGGCAUUCAUGAGCUCUGGCUGUCACCAACCAUGGACUUGAACUGGGGAGUGAUGAGGUGACAGCUGCUUCACAGGAGCAGGAUGCUUAUAACUAGUACAGCCACAAAGAGGAAGAAAGUGGCAGCAGAGGUGGGAAUAGCAUCUUCCCAGCAAACUCAACAGCCAAGGAAGAGCUAUGACACAAUGGAGCCAGGCUCCUCAGCACCAUGCAGAGAGCUCAGCAUGUUUGGCAGCAUCCAGCCAUCACUGGGUAAGCAUGACACUGGCCUGCAGGAGGUGCCCUGGCUUCCAUAUCAGUCAUUGCCUUCAUGUGCCGUGUAGCAUCAUGGGAAAAAGUGGCUACCUCAUUCCAGGUUCCCUCUCCAGAUCUUCCUUACACUUUGGCCCCCUCUUCCUCUACUUUCACUGACCUCCCUGCUCUCACACUGUAAAGAAGGUUCAGUCCUUCCUCUUUCACGAAAGCCAGCACAGUCUGCCUCACAGCACAACUACUGCAUAGCUGUGGUUCCAAACCAUCCUUUUCCCGAUCUUUAGUAAAUUACACUUGUUAUUCUAAUUGUCUUUUGCACAGGGCCCUACCAUGCCCCCACAUCUGCUUUAACUCAAAUAUAUAUCCAACUCAACUACAAGAAAAAUGAUCAAUAAAUGCAGUGACUGUAAAAACUCGAGCAGACGGACCCUCAGCCACCAAGAGUAACUGUAUUCACACUGCUAUCUUUCCUGCCUCCCCUUUCCUAUUCACAGCACCUAAAGAUCAUUCACUCCCACUUCUUUUUUCUUCAUGUGGAUAAUGAAAAAAAGGCUGGAGCUUAAGCAUUUAUGCCUAGCACACUGAGGUGGAGUGAGAGAUGCUGCCUAGUGGCAGAAUUAAAGGAAAUUGACAUAGUGGCAAGAACAAGAGCAAGAACGUGCUGGACUGACAGAAGUACAUUUAGCUAUAGAGAAAAUCCGAGUCACAAGGCUAGAAAGUGUUAUCUCUUGCUGCAAAGCACAAUACAUUAGCCCUGCCAGCUUGGUAUUUCAUCACCUCUUUCCUUACAGCCCUACAACAGUGAACACAAGAGUUUGCCUGUGGCAAAGCAGGGGUUACAUGCCCCCGCUGGUCUGGUGUCAGAGCAGUCACUGGAACUUUUCUAACAUUUGUGUGUUCCUGGCUUCAUAGGUUUGCUCACUGCCAGGUCUACCUGUAGCUUUACCAAAUCGAGGCAGAGUUAUUUGCAUUAAAGGAACGAAGUCUUUGUUCACAUUAUAUGGAAAUGACAAUGUGCCCUCAAACGUGAUUCUCCACUCAACCCUGAGUGCAGAAACAGCUUUUUGGUACCCCACAGCAUUUCCAAAUUACAUUAUUUUGAACCUGUGCAUGGCAGCCUUGCUGAACUGGGUCUGCAAACACUUAAGAAGAACAACUUUUUUCUAACUUUUGUUAAUGAGGAAGACAGGAGCACCAGUCAGGUCACUGCAGCUCGGUUUCCAGCUUUGUUACCAUCCUUGUAAACCCUGGGUCAAAUCCACUGGAGAGUUUCAAAGCUGACCUAAGAGUCUUUUUCUUUAUGAGUACUGAAAUCCUUUAACCAGUUCUGAAGUUUAACCUCGAGCUCCAUGCUUUCAUCCCCUCCUCUGUCAAAUAGCCAUAGGUGGCCACUUGUGUUAAAUUGCGGGGAUAUACUGAAUAGAAUCUGGGAGCUAGGCAGGUGUCACUGUGCAAGUGUGUGAGCACGUGUAAUAGACACACAGCCACAAUACAAACCCUGAAUGAUGCAGACAAGUGAAGAUGAGCAGCAUAGCUCAGGAUCAACUAUUUCAUUAGGGCUGAUCUGUCAUGUUCUGUAAUUAAAAGUCAGGUUAGCCUGAACCCCUGCUGCGUACAGAGCGAUAUUCCUGCACAGAGAUGUACAUGGUGAUGCUUCUUCCCGUAAUAAAAGCUGUUCUUAGCACCACAUGCCA